CUCCCCUGUCACUCACGCUCCCAAGCCACAGCCGCCGCCCCAUUCCCCAUUCCCCACUCCGAGCCCUAGCCCCAGAUCAGCGAGCAGCGGCGGCCGGCGUCGCGACCGUCGAAUCGACUGCCUCGAGGCACGGAUCCGCGGGCCGGGCAGGAGGCGAUGCCGCCAGGAGGUGGAGAAGGAGAAGGAGAAGGCGAGCAUGGCAGCACGGUGCAGAGCCACCCACCGGCGACCGUCCGCCGCGACGAGGACGCCCCGCCCCAUUCUACGCCGCCGCUCUCCGACGUUCCUCCGGUAGCUUCCGAGGAGAAUCUGGAGCAGGAGCAGCAGCCCAUGCCGAACGUUCCCGAGGGCGCCCUCGUCGAGAUCCUUUCGCGGGUGCCCUACAGUUCGCUCUGCCGCUUCAAGUGCGUGUCCAAGCCGUGGCUCGCCCUCUGCUCCGCCCCUGACAUCCGCAAGAGGUCGCCGCAGACUCUCUCCGGCUUCUUCUACCAUGAUGAAGGCGAUGCUCUCAGAUUCUGCAACUUGAAAGGGAGAGGUCCGCCUCUCGACCCAUCUCUCCCUUUCUUGCGCCACAGCUACAAAAAUGUUCAUGUCGAACAAGUCUGCGGCAGUCUUCUCCUCUGCAACUGCUGGAAUUCGUGUUUACCAAGCGAAGGUGAUUAUGUUGUGUGCAAUCCUGCCACACAAGAGUGGAUUGUGCUACCUCCUGUGGUAUUUUUGGGUCAGGAUCAAGAGGGCAGCCACGACGUCACACCAAGUGUUUACUUGGGCUUCGAAGCCGCUGUUCCAUCCCGCUUUGUGGUGUUUGCAACCCCUCACAAUGUUGGUGUUCUUUCUGGAGAAAUGGCGAUCUACUCGUCAGAAACUGGACAGUGGACUUAUGUGCAGACUAAGUGGGCAUCCGAAUCUCUCAUGGAUCUUAGUAGACGCAUACGUGUCUUCUUGAAUGGCACUAUGCAUUUGUCUACCCGUUAUAACUAUAAUACAAUGGUCACUGUUGACGCGGAGGGCAAAGUUUGGAGGGAGGUUCCAAUGCCAUUGCCAAAAAAAACUGUUAUUUUUAACACUGGGCAGUCUCAAGGACGCUUGUAUGCAUGGCAGAUGGGUUAUCAUUAUGGUUGCCAAGUCUAUAUUUGGGUUCUUGAGGAUUAUGGUACUGGAAAGUGGGCCCUGAAGCAUACUGUCAAUGUUUUGGAACUGUUUGGAAGGCAUUGUCGCAAAGAUGGUCAAUAUUAUGAGAUGUUUGCAUUUCAUCCAGAUUGUAAUGUGAUUUUCCUUACCGACAAGAAGGAGAUGACAGUGUCAUACGACUUGGAUAGUCAGAAAGUGAGUGUUAUCUGCACUGAAGGCAUGAUGGGUCUGCCUUAUACUCCCUGUUUUGCAGAAUUGCAAUCAGCUGGGCAUUGAAUAUGAGUGCAGCAUCACGUGCUCAGCAUGGGACAACACCUUUUGUGAAAAUUAGUGGUUGCUAUGGACCUACUCCUAAUUUCAUGGCAACAGUGUGGUAUUCCUAUUUGUUGGUAUUCAGGUGCAUGUCUUUGUUGCUUUGAAUAAUGUUUAUUAGCCAAGAAUUUGUAAGGUUAAUGAGUCAUUGUAUGAAUGAACCUAGUCAUUUAAUCUAUUAGCUGUCAUGUAGUACUCCCUCCAUUCACUUUUGUAAGACGUUUUAGGCAUUUAAGACAACACCCAAAACGGUUCAAUUUCAGCUGUCUUAAACGUCUUACAAAAGUGAACAGAGGGAGUACUAAUUAUUGUGGCCACUCAUUAGCUGUUGAUGUGGGGUAAUAUAAGAUGCUGAGAGUACAUUAUUGA